GGCUGAUACUCAGAUGCCUCAUAUUGUUUUGCGUGCCAGGUGGUAAUACGUGUUCUUUCAAUCAUUAGAAACCUGGAGACAAAUCGGUAACGUCGAUUUCCCAAUCCAUUCUUCGUAUCUACCAGACGUCAACUACCUCAGAUACUUCGCCUCACUAUUGCGGGUGCAGUAGAAAAUGGCGAAAGCAUUCUUUGCAAGACUCUUCCAACCGACUCGGUCCAACGCGGCUUCACUAGGGUCGCAAUCCUUUACCAACGACACUCCUGAGAAUAUGUAUGACAAAGUUGAGCCAUGGAUCAAGACCGACCUGGAUAUACCUAUAGACUCGACCAACCGCGAUAGAUGGCCCAGCCUCAUCUUACAAGCCCGAAGGCAUAUGAGAUGCCAUCCCUAUCACCCCCACCGUCUCCCUAAAAGCUACCAGCCUUUCCGGAUGGUGGUGGACUCUCCGGAAGAGGAGGAGGAGAUGUCAAAGAAGGAAGUCGACAUAUCCGAACCGCCCACGUUCCCCCUUUUCAUGGACCUACCGAAAGAGCUCAGAGACAAGAUCUUGCUUUCAUCAGAGGCCCCAAUCGUCAUGAACGGCUCCGUAGUCAUGGAUCAAGAAUGGAGAGGGGGCACGCAAGUACACUUCCGCUCGUAUAGGUCUUGGCAUCAAAUCCCUCUUUAUGCCGUCAGCCACGAGACAAGAGCGCUCGCCAUCACCUUCUUCGGCGAACCAGAUCCGCUCUCUAUACCGUUCAACGCGGCUGAAGACUUUGUACUCUUGGACUGGAAUGGAUCCAUGCAGGCUGAGCGUAGCUGGAUGGGCGACCAUAGAAGUCCCGGACCCGUCCUGACGAGUCGCCGAUGGAACGCAGCCAAGAAAGAGUGGGCGAUGCCGCGGAAUCUUUGCGAUAGGAUCCAGCACGUCAAAGUCGAUGCGCGACACGCCGCUUCCGAAGAUGCCGAAAAGGGGGAGAAAGUGCCCUGGCGGCUUGUUUUUGGGCUUCUCGGAGAGUACUUCAGUAACAUGACGAUGUUGGAGGUGAAGCUGUGGGAUUUGGAUGACAAGAGAUUUGAGGGGGCGUACGACCCUGUAGGCCAAGAGCUUUAUAGGAUUGACCAGCUGGAUCUUUUGGACGAGCUGGAAGAGAUGUCUGAAAAUGGGCGUGUACCGUUCCAGGCUUUACGGCGCUUCAUUAUCGCACCGGAACUGCAGACUCCUCUUCAGGCUGAGAGAGAGGUCCUGAAGUUUCGAAAAAUGGGAGGCAGCUACUUUAAAGUCUUCAGACAGGGUCAGAUCCCAAAAGUUGGACAGUGAGCACUGGAUCUACGAGCUAUUGGCCGCUCAAGGGAGAGAUACAGUAACCUAUAAGUAUUUGUUAUUCAGUCGGGACAAUCAUCACUUGAGUAAAGUCUGCCAAGACCCCCGGAGGACUUGAGAAAGGGAAGUCAAAAUUCACCGGAUAGAUGGGAAUCUUGAGUUUGUCACUAGUAAAGAAAAGUUAGCAGCGAAAUGUACGAGACAAAAUGGUCUUCGCUA